CGCAUAAGGACGAGCAUAUCGCAACAAACGCAUAGACCAUUCUAAAAUCUCAGGGGCUACACGGGGAUCCGAGCUUGCCGGACCAUGUCGCUGGCUCGUGCUGCUAGGCCGCUUGCGGCAUCGUUGCCUGCCGCGGAGGGGGGCAUGGAGCUCAUCGGUAAGGUGUUCGGAUCAGGUCAUGGGGCAUUCGCGCGACGCACAAGAAAGGAUGUCCUUUGGCAGUCCCCUAUGGAAGCUUCGCCCAUGGCGCGAGGGAUAUUCACUUCGACUUCGCGCGCGACUGCCGCUAGCUUUUCACGCAGUCAGGUUCCGUCCUUCCCAUGCGUUGACGCAAAUGAGGCGCGAGGUGAAAGGCUUCGACAGAGAGCAGUGCAAGCGGCGGCACAAACGACGGAGCAGCACCGUCGCUCUGCAUCAGACACCAGCACCAUUUCCUCCACAGAAUCGCCAGGGACAUCGUCCGUGAACCCUUCUCUGGCUUUCCCUUGUCUGGACGCCAACGAGGCCCGAGCGCAAAAGCUGCGCUCGCAAGCGCCGCUUCUCAAACGUUCCACUUCCGCUGCUGCUGAUGCCUCGGCAGCAACGAGUGCAGGGCAAGGCAGCACCCAGGGCGUCAAGGAGCCUGUAUACUCCAAUGUGGUCUCCGGCUAUUCGCUGUUCCACCACUCACAACCUUUGGCAUUAGACUAUGGUGGAGUUCUCCCGUCUUUCCAACUGGCGUACGAGACAUGGGGCGAGCUCUCGCCAUCCAAAGAUAACGUCAUCCUCCUCCACACUGGUCUCAGCGCGUCGAGCCACGCCGCGUCAACGCCGCAGAACCCGAGCAGGGGAUGGUGGCAGGACUUUAUCGGGCCGGGCAAGGCUCUUGAUACGGAAAAGUACUUUGUCAUCUGCACCAACGUGCUCGGAGGCUGCUAUGGGUCCACCGGUCCAAGCAGUCCUUAUCCGGUCGAAGAGGGAAAGAGCGAGGGCGAGGACGGAGCGUGGGGUACGCGCUUUCCCAUUUUGAGCGUUUUUGACAUGGUGCGGGCGCAGUUCCUGUUGUUGGAUCAUCUGGGGAUCGACCACCUGUACGCGAGCGUGGGAAGCAGCAUGGGUGGAAUGCAGAGUAUCGCUGCGGCCCACCUUGCCCCGGAGCGUGUCGGCCAAGUGGUCAGUAUCAGUGGAUGCGCAAGGAGCGCACCAAGUAGCAUUGCACUGCGCUAUGCCCAACGGAGCGUGCUAAUGGCCGACCCAAACUGGAACCGCGGCUUUUACUAUGACGAUGGCCAGCUGCCACCUCAUACAGGUAUGAAACUUGCGCGACAGAUCGCCACCAUCACGUACCGCUCGGGCCCAGAGUGGGAGCAACGAUUCGGUCGCCAGCGCCGGCGACCCAGCAUGCCACAUCCCCCAUCGUCUGCUAGCUCCACUACUUCUACUACCAGCGCAACUGCGCCGCUGGAAGCAGAUCCAGCGCUGUGCCCUGAUUUUCUGAUCGAGACGUAUCUUGAUCACCAGGGCGAGCAGUUCUGCCUCAAGUACGAUGCAAACUCGCUCAUCUACAUCUCCAAGGCCAUGGACUUAUUCGACAUGAGUGACUACGCGCUGCGAGAUCUGGAGCGCCGCAAGAUGAUUCGCGAGCGCAUCGAGAAGGGCGAAAAGGAGUCAGAUGUGCUGCAGGACCUGCAGCACGCGAUCGAGGCGGAGGAGGAAGAGCAGGACGAAGCCGAGCAAGAAGCAGAGUUGCUGAUGCCGCAGGUUGUCGGCAAGCGCAACCAUGCCAAAGCGAAGCGGCAGCACAUUUCGACGCUCUACUCGCCCUCGGCGCACGCCUACGUGCCCGCUCUCGCGCGCGGACUCAUCAACCUGCGCGACAAGCCGACGUUGGUGAUCGGCGUGCAGAGCGACAUCCUCUUCCCCGUCGAGCAGCAGCGCGAGCUCGCGGAAUGCCUGAGGCGCAUCGGCAACGAGCAGGUCAGCUACUACGAGAUUGACGCGCCGCACGGUCAUGACAGUUUCUUGUGAGUUUGUUGAGGCGUUUUCGUUAUGGUGUUUUGUCCGAGCUACUGCUGGAUGCAUCGCCCACCCCAUUCUUUGCAACAGACUCGACACCGCUUCUGUGGGUAAGAGCGUGCGCGGCUUCCUUUCGUGAAGGAACUGUGUAAGGUGGUUGGAGCCGUAUUGUUUUACACAAUGAUAAGAAUUCCAUCCAGCUAGAUUAAGGAGAAAACGCAUGAGCCAUGGCACACGUGUAUUGUUGUAGGAAUGGCGAGAAGUA